UCGACGCUCGAUCUCCGAGCCAGGGCAGGUCUAAUCCAGUCCCGCGCGGCACGUGAUCCCCGACGCGGAGUUUAUAGGACGCCGGCCCUGGCGAGCACCUGGAAGGCGGUCGUCAAGCUCCUCCCUUCCAGCCUCCGGGAGAGGCGCUCGGCAGAGAUUCCCGACGGGGCAGCCACCGGAGCGGAGGAGGAGGAGGAGGAGGAAGGCGUCGGCGUUAGGUGCCAGGGAGAAGACUGGGGGACGUCGUUCUCAACUCUGAUCCGAAGAUCCUGGUCUCCCGAGCGGGCCUGAAAACUCAGGCGCAACUCAGCAUGGCUUUUGGAAAGAGUCAGAAGGAUGCCUUCGGCACCCCCGUGGGCCAUCUGAUCGCGAAAGCUACUUUUGGAACCUUGCAGACAGAAGAAUGGGGUCAGUUCAUGCAUAUUUGUGACCUUAUCAACACGACUGAGGAAGGACCCAAGGAGGCAGUGAGAGCACUUAGGAAAAGGCUUUCCAAAAACUGUAAUCAUGUGGAGAUUCAUCUUACCUUGUCCCUCCUUGAGAUGUGUAUGAAGAACUGUGGGCCACGUUUCCAGUCUCUGAUAGUGAAACGAGAUUUUUGCAAAGAUAGGCUAGUAAAGCUGCUGAAUCCAAAGUUUAACUUACCAGUGGAUUUGCAGGAGAAAAUUUUGACCUUUAUCAUGACCUGGGCCAGGGGGUUUCAGAAUGCUGUGGAUGUGAGUGAAGUCAAGGAGGUUUAUCUGGAGCUUCUCAAGAAAGGAGUUGAAUUUCCAUUCUCAGAGAUCAACAGGAGAACCACUAAGCCUUUGUCUACAAGAAUAUCUUAUAAUUCCUCCCAGAAGUGCCUUUCAAAACCCCUCUCCCCAACUGCAGUAGUAACACUGAUUCCUGAGCAGGUUGGAAAGCUCUACAGUGAACUGGACAUGGUAAAAAUGAAUGUCAGAGUCAUGUCAGCAAUAUUGAAAGAAAAUGUUCCUGGAGCAGAAAACCCGGAUGAUAUGGCACUUCUACAGAAACUCUACAAAACAAGCCGGGCAAUGCAAGAUAGAAUUAUGGAAUUGCUAGCAACUGUGGAGAAUGAAGACGUGAUUACUGAACUCAUACAAAUGAAUGAAAAUCUAAAUAACGUCUUACUGGGACAUGAAAGGUUUUCUAGAAACAGAGUACGCUUCUGGGAGAAUCAGAGAAUCCAGAAUGAACGUGCAGCAGCCAGUGGCAACCAACCAUCUGCUCCUUCCUGUGAUUUGCUUGACCUUGAGUCAUGUCUUCCUGCUGCUGUGCCACAGCCUAUGAGAACUGACCUUCCCCAGUCUUCAGAGUUAAAUUAUCCGGCCCAAAGUAUGGUUGCUCCACAUCCUCAUUCUGCUGUGCCAUCAAUAUACCCUCAACUAAAUUCACUUGGAAUUGUGAAUGCUUCGCAGUCUUCAUUCCCAACAGAAGCACAAAGGACAUCCCAGGUGAUUCCAAAUGAUCCAAUGUAUAUCAAUGUAAACACAUGUUUAAAUCCAGAGCCCUUGCAUGCAGUAAACCAUCUAAGUAAUGGUACAGGAAAUGCACCACCGGGAGAUAUAUCAAAAACCAACUCACAUCCUCCUAAAUAUUAUGAGCUAAUGGAAUUUGAUCCUUUGGCUCCUUGUGACCCAACCAAACAUAUUUAUGAAGAAAUUGAUCCACAUCUCUUCAAAACACAGGUUAACAUCAAAUGCUAGAAGCAGAUGCCAAUAGCAAUAUUUUAACAAAAUGGUAGAUUCUGCUGAUUGCUUCAAAAUGUGUCAUGUAAAGACAAAAUCUACUCAGUAGGCUGAGAUUUGGGAUAAAAGUGUUUUAUAAAACUGUUCAAAAGAAAACACUUCAAAUCUAAGAUGUGUAUCCUACACACCCUACCUAAGUACAUUUCAUUGGGUUCAACUCAUUAAAAAUACAAGAUUCACUUCUGCAAUCUUUGGACCAAAAUUUACAAUUGAUACAAUGAAUGUUUUUCUAACUUUCAUUCUUAUAGCAAGUAUAACAUUCAGAAUCUUGCAUCUAAAGGUCACUUUUAUUGGAUCCUUUAAUAAUAAAAGCAAAAUAUUUUCCUAUGGGAACUACACUGCAUAUUGCUGAAUAAUUGACUGGAGUCUUAUAGAACUGUUUAUGUUCCCAAUCAAAGAACUUGAGUGUUGGAGCGAUGACUACACCUAUAGAGGCUUAAGUUCAAAUCCAAAUUAUUUGAAUGCAAGGAGAUUUAGCUAUUAAUUAAAUCCUGCAGUCAGAUUUCCUGACAGGCUGUUUGGUAGGAGAGACCUUACAGUUUGUCUUUAAUGUUGGUCUUUGGUGAAAAAUAAUCACUAACUAGGAGGUUGAAGUUAGAUUUCCUUGCAGUACAUUUCCUAUUCUUCUGAUAGUUAGCCACUCUAACACUUUUCUCAGUUAUGAAAUGCACUUUAAAAACAAAAGUAUGCACAAGCCACUACAAAACAGAGCAUAUGAAUCAGUAGCAAUUGUGACAUGCUGUGGUAGCAGGUCUUAUUCCACAUUGUCUUAAUGCCGUUUUAUCUGUUUUCCUAGAUUAUUUUCAUUCUCUCUUAACAAUGAAGCUAAAUAUGUAUGAAGCAGUAGCUUUCAUAAGUUAUGGAGGGUUGCAUUGGGAGCUGCUGAAACAAAAGCACUGCCAGAAUGCAUGGGGGCAGCAAAGUAUAAAACACGCAUUGUGGGGUAUUUGGAAUGACUUUGAUUAUAUUACCACUGUUACUUUCUAUUAUUCCCAACAAUUCAGGAUAUCUUGAAUAACACUUACUUGGUCAUGAGAUCGUAUAAAAGUAUGAUUGAAAUAAGUGCCUUUUCUCUAUACUUUCCCAAAUCUAGUGUUCAAACUUUUAAUAAAUUGGUACCCUUUAAGUCUUGAGUAAUAUGUAUAGCAUCUGUUUUACAAUGGCUAUUAUUAACAUACAAUCCAAGUAAAGAAUCAAGAAUGGAAAACUGAAUUAAAUUUGAACACAAAUGCUCCCAAA